AUGGGAGGAAAAAGCAGUCGCCUGUCAGUGGAGGCACGGCUGAGCCUCCUGGGCGAGUGUGGCGUGGACGCCGGUGCACUGCCUGGCAGGAGGCGCAACAGUCUUCUGUCAGGACCUGCCCCUGAGGGACCUCCUGGCCGGACUGAAGUACACUACGGCGGGGCGUCACGCCGUUUUGUACUUCAGCCUGGCCGGAGGUCUGGGUGUCCACGGGGGGCAGGGGCAGGGCUGCCCCGUGCUCUUUUGCAACAGCAAGAGAGUGGGCAGCCGCCCCAAGCCCCCCAAGAGGACCAGGCUGUCCGCGUCCCAGAGGCGGGGCAGGAGGCCGGCCCCGCCCCAGAGGCUGGCCAGGUGGUGGUGGCCAGCCCGGGGCACGAGGCCGGCCACGCCCCUGAGGCUGGCCAGGUGGUGGCGGCCAGCCCAGGGCACGAGACCUGCCCCGCCCCAGAGGCUGGCCAGGUGGUGGCGGCCAGCCUGGGACACGAGGUCGGCCCCUCCCCUGAGGCUGGCCAGGUGGUGGCGGCCAGCCCGGGGAAGGAGGCCGGACCCGCCCCUGAGGCUGGCCAGGUGGUGGCGGCCAGCCCGGGGAAGGAUAGCCUGGGCCUGUGGCCAGGGAAGGCUCGCCAGGGGAGGGGCAGGGCUGGAAGCAGGUUGUCCCACGGCCUGUGGGACAACCUGCUCGCCAUUGCACAGACCCUGUCCCUCACCCUGGUGGUGUACUCCGCCCUGCUGGAGUACUUCCCUGACUGA